CCCCCGACGGGAACUGACUGCCGCGGUCUGGACAUCCCAGGUGGGCGCGGGACUGGGUUUCCAGCUCCUGCACGGGCUCAGAGACUCAUUUCCUCUUCCGAGCUCCCUGGCGUCGGAGCCGGAGGGUCCCGGCGAGUCCCCACAAGUUCGGGGUCCCCGCGAGCCCGGGUCUCCGCGAAUCGGGCUUCCCGCGAGUCUGGGUCCUCGCGAGUCCCGGGGUCCGAGCGUUCGGGGGGCGGCGACCGGCUGCUCCAGCGGCACCUGGUGCGCACGGGUGGGACCGGCGCCGAGAGCAGGAGGGGGCCUUCCUGCUGCAGGAAGAUGAGGAAGCCCGAUGGGAAGAUCGUGCUUCUGGGGGACAUGAACGUGGGCAAGACGUCGCUGCUGCAGAGGUACAUGGAGCGGCGCUUCCCGGACACGGUCAGCACGGUGGGCGGCGCUUUCUACCUAAAGCAGUGGCGCUCCUACAACAUCUCCAUCUGGGACACCGCAGGGCGAGAGCAGUUCCACGGCCUGGGGUCCAUGUACUGCCGGGGUGCGGCCGCGGUCAUCCUCACGUACGACGUGAACCACCCACAGAGCCUGCUGGAGCUGGAGGACAGGUUCCUGGGACUUACGGACACAGCCAGCACGGACUGCCUCUUCGCCAUCGUGGGGAACAAGGUGGACCUCGUUGAGGCCGGGGCCGCAGAGAGCCAGGAGAAGGAAGGGCGUGGCCCCGGGACGGCGGGCGGCGGUGGACUGCCCAAAGUGCCCAAGCCGGUGCAGCCAGAGGACGCGGCGGCACUUUACAACAAGAUCCUCAAGUACAAGAUGUUGGACGAGAAGGAUGUGCCGGCCGCUGAGCAGAUGUGCUUCGAGACCAGCGCAAAGACCGGGUACAACGUGGACCUGCUGUUCGAGACCUUGUUCGACAUGGUGGUGCCCGUGAUCCUGCGGCAGAGAGCCCAGGGGCCGCCGCAGACCGUGGACAUCGGCAGCUGUAAGACGCCCAGACGGACCAGAUCUGGGUGCUGUGCCUGACUCAGGGGGACCCCGAGCCCCAGGGUCCACGGCGGGCCGGGGCUGACCCAGUGUGCUGUGGUCAGAAGUUGCAUAGCCGGGCUGCACACGCAGGGGGACGUCCGGGGGCAACAACAGCGGGGUGUUCGGCGGUCCACGGGCACGGCUCCUCCGUCUGCAUCACCGUGGGGGACGUGAGGCCCAGGUGAAUCGCCUGCAGAAAACACUCUUCCGAGCCGCGACUCCAGGGACCCUUGUGCGGUGCUGCUCCUUUCCUAACAUCCGGGCCUCGCCGAAGCCUGUGGCUGGGCUCCGCAGCACGUGGCGUGCGUGGGCACCUGGCCAUGGCACCUGCCUCACUCUCACGUUUUGCCAACAUUUUCUUCACCGUGGUCUCUCCUUGGUCCUACCGUUUGGCACUCGUGUGUUGAUGUGUCACCAUGAUUCUUGGCUUGUUAAUUUAUACGAAAUCCAGAAUCACCGCUUUUAUACUGGUUGCAGCCGUGUGAGCUACGCACAUUAUUAAAAAGGAUUAUGAGGAGACCCUUGGUGUGGAGACUG